CAUUCGACACUACAUCUUUUAAUGAUGUAGAUACAUGUAUUCAGGAUCGACAGUAGACGCUUCAUUGAGAUCCUCUCCAUCAGCUUUUGAAUCAUGUUGUCAUCAAGAUCACUUUCUUCUCCUUUCAACCAAAACCUCGUUAUGGAUCAAGUUAUGGCUGCUAUUAUCAGAAAUCGGUCAUUUGAGGCUUCAAUUCUCCAACCCAUUUGGACUAUAGAAACAGUUACUCAAGUCUUAAGAUCAAUCCCCAGAUUCCUCUUCCAAUCCCCAAGAUCCAUCGGCCGACAAAAUGGGUUUCGCUACCGUACCCCAUUAAAGCAGAGAAACCUGAAACAAGAGUUCCAUAACGCUCGGAAGGGAGUACUCAUUCUUGGCCCAGCCGCUCAUAGAGAUCCUCAAAAGGUACAAUUAGGAUUAGAGAAAGCAUUGGAAUUUUUCCAUUGGGUUGAGACCCAUUGUGGGUUUACUCACAAUGAGCUCACUUGCAGAGAGAUGUCUCUUGUUCUUGCCAAAGGGUCUUGUAAUUCGAAGCUUCUUUGGGAAUUUCUCAAAAGAAUGUCGAGAAGAGGGCUUUUGACGACACCGACUGUUACGUGUUUGAUAAAAUGCCUAGGAGAAGAAGGGUUGGUAAAUGAAGCAUUGACUACUUUCUACAGAAUGAAGCAAUUUCACUGUAAGCCUGAUGUUUAUGCUUACAACACUCUCAUAUUUGCUCUUUGUAGAGUUGGGAAUUUCAAAAAAGCUAAGUUCUUGAUGGAGCAAAUGGAGUUGCCUGGUUUUAGGUGUCCACCUGAUGUCUUUACUUACACAAUUUUGAUUAGCUCUUAUUGUAGAUAUGGUAUGGAAACUGGCUGUAGAAAAGCUAUUAGACGGAGAAUGUGGGAGGCGAAUCACUUGUUUCGCGUCAUGCUAUUCAAAGGAUUUGUUCCUGAUGUAGUAACUUAUAAUAGUUUGAUCAAUGGAUGCUGCAAAACUAAUAGGAUAGAGAGAGCAUUGGAGUUGUUGGAUGAUAUGGUGAAAAGAGGGGUUGUGCCUAAUCGAAUUACGUAUAAUUCUUUCAUUAGGUAUUAUAGUGUUACAAAUGAGAUUGAUAAGGCUAUUGAAAUGCUGAGAAGAAUGCAAGGAAUGAAUCAUGGAGUAGUACUACCAUGUAACAGUUCGUAUACACCGAUAAUUCAUGCUAUGUGUGAAACUGGUAGGGUGGUGGAGGCAAGAGAUCUUCUUGUCGAAUUGGCUGAACAAGGUUCGAUUCCAAGAGAAUAUACUUAUAAACUAGUUCGUGAUGCUUUAGAAUCUUCUGGGAAGAUUGAUUUGCUUGAUGAAGAAUUGUGUACAAGAUUAGAAGAUGGUAUUAAAGAUAGGAUUAGACAAGUGAUGAAAGUAAAACCUUUGUUGCAGCAUCGAAGUGUUUCAUAGCAUUGAAUUUUAUACUUCUAUGUUGCUCAGACUCUUCAAAAAUGUUGACGGGUGCGUGUCGGAUUCUCCAAAAGUAGUGUAUUUUUGGAGAAUCUGACACGGAUGCAGUAUCGAAAGUGAAGAGUCCGCACAACUUAGUUUUUAUGGAUUUUGAUCUUAUAAAAACACAAGGGAUUUAACUUAUAUAAUGUAAUACUAUAAAAAAUUGCUGGCUCUGAAUCUGCAUUUAGCACCGGAGGUCAUGUCAUUGGAAAGUUUUGAAGUUCUAUUCUUCCUGCAAAUGCUGAGGCGAAACUAUGUACUAGGGAUUGGAUUUGUGGACAAGAAGAUCUUGAUGGAUUCGAACCAGAUUCUGAUGAAGAUGAGAUUGUUGUUGACCAUCAACCUUAUGUUGAUAAACUUAGAGAUCAUCGCAUCUGAAAUGACAAUCCACAAUAGCAGAAAUCACUGAGAGUUUGUGGAAAUUUUGUUGGAAGUAGUGGCCUUGUAGGUGCAACAUCUUCGUCUUUUUAGAGUUAACAUGCUGCCGAGCAAUUAACCAUGGAUCUCCAGUUGAUCAGUUGACGAAAGCUGGAUUAACACCAUCUCAUAUUGCAGCAACAAUAUUUAACGUACUUGGACAAACCAUGGAGGCUUUAGAGGUCAUGGCAUAAGAUGGGAUAAGUGUUUGAAGAACUGUUAGAAAGUUGUCAUGUAGUAACACACAAGAGACUACAUUGAUGCAAACAAUUGAGUUUGAUUGAGCAGAAAACAAAACAACUUUCUGUAAAGUUCACAAAUGUAUCUCUUUUUUUUAAUAACAAUUUUGGUGGAUUAGGCAGACUUAAUUGUCAUUUGACAAAAGUGUUCCAGUCACAAUUGUCUGAUUUAGUUAUUUAAUUCUAACACUU